GUCGUCGUCGCCGAGAGAGACGUCGGCCCGUCGCGACUCCUCGUAGUUUUCAGUUCGGACCGAACGACGGCGACUAGCGGAAACCCGCCACUGAGGGACAGCGAUCCCUCGUCUCGCAAUCGAGCGGUCUCUCGCGCGUUCACACGGGCUCUACCGCGGAUUUGCACGCGCGCACCUUGGCCACCCUGGGCACGCGGGUGUACGGGAACAACGCCUCCGCUCGGGACGCCGCACCGCGCCGGUAGACGCACCCGAUUAAAAAGGUGGGAGCAGCAGCACGCGGGAAGCAACAGUGUACAGCCGGAACAACGGGCUGGGUCAGCGAUUGUGCCGGUUGCUUCUAAUAGUUCUGGUUCUGGUUCCGACUCCGUUUGCCGUUUUCCGUUCCGGCUCGGGAUCCUGGCGGUGGGAUGGAAGGCUCGCGAGAAUCUCCGUGCACCUCGCCGAGGACGAUAGUAGGUCAGUGACGCAGGAGCGAGAGCCGUUCGUCGCAAGGUGGAACGCGGGGAUAUCGUCCCCGUCGGUGGUUCGGUGACACGUCGUUACGAGAAGAAGGGGAGGAGCUCGAUUUUUCAUCGAUUUUUUCAUCUCGCCACGCGAACGAGAGAGUAGAGGAGAGGAGAGACCCCGCGGAAGGCCCGAAAGGCUGGGAAGGUUCGCCGUGUUCGGUGAGGAGGCUCGCGCAGGAACUAGCGGCAGAGGUCGCGGAACGGUGGUUGUUCGGCGCGGCGGGCAGUGUCAGUGGCCGUCGCCAACAGGUUACUCGGGCCGAAUGAGUAUUUCGAGAAAUAUCGAGGGGAGAAGGUUGCGAGAGCCGCCUCGUGACGCGCGCCGUCGCUGCCGCCGCCUCCUCUCGGUCGGUUCCCUCGGAGAAUGAAGAAGAGGUAUAAAAAUACCUGUCCCUGAGGCUGCUCGAGAGAGCUCGUGGUGAGAUGCACGACUGGCUGACCCCCGUGAACCAGGACAUUCGACUCGGGGUUGUGCGCGUUCCGACGUGACACCGGGUGCUCACGGUACUCUCGUCCGCGCGGCUUCGGACACGAACUUGGAUCAAUCGGAGAGGACCACCUUGGACCCAUCGUCGCGGACACCGCCUCGCGGUUCUGGAAAUAGUCGAGCGGCCACGUGCCUUCCACCGCGAUUCCCGUGGCUGGAUAUCUUCGUCCUCCGAUCGUGUCCCUACGAGCCUGCGUCACCGUUCUCCCGAAUCACGGCCAUGAUACACGGGAUUUUCUAUUUUCUGCCGAGUCGGGAUUUCGCAGCGGAGAAACAGGCGGACGGCACGCGCGGGACACACGGUCGUUCCUGCUCGUAUUCACGGCACCGGUGAACUCGACGACGACUCGACGACAGCGCCAGGUGUGUGCGGAAACGUGCCCGGAAACGUGUCUCCGGCAGGCGACGCUCUCGUGGAGAAUGUCCGCGGUAUGCGCUGCUCCUGCGAGACGUCGUCCGGCCGCAGGUGAGCUCGACACGGAGCCGACGAGGUCGAAUCCGCACCGGAUCACUCCCAUCGCCUUCAUCGCCCUCUCCGAAGGGAACGCGCGAGCGAGGCGUCGUCCUUCCGCGCCGAGCAGAAACCCGCUGGAGGAACAGGCGGAAGGUGGUCGCCGGAAGGAUUAGGACGAGGACGCGUCGACGCUGUUCUGGAAUUCGCGGAGAAAAGCCUGUGCCGCGGACCGAUAUCGCCCUAUAAAUAGAUGUUUUCUCGCGUGGAUCGCGCGUCUUGAGCCGGCCAGCACACGUUCGUCCGAAGUAGCCGAAACAGAGGCAGAAGAGCUCGUGACACGCGCCGCGAGGGCCUUCCUCGUGUCCUUGGAUCUUGACCGGUUGCGGGACACGCGGCAUGGCCGAGGGACAACCUCCGACCAUUUAGGAUAAAUCUAGGUAGAAAGAAAACCGGGUCCAACCAACGAAAAGCAUCCGCGAGUUCCGCUUCUUUUUCGGAGAGGAGGAUAGAACGGCGAGUUCUGCGCUGGAAGAAGACGAGUCGCUCGAUUCGGAGAGAGGUCGUUCCUCGAGCCGAGAGGCCAAAGGCCAACAGCAGCACCAGCAGCACACGCGUCAUCGUUUACGUGGAACUUCCUCGGUGGCCACUUUUCCUCGUUCAUUAUCCUACACUUUUGUACCUACGCAAGGAAGCCGAAGCCAAAGGAACAUCGUUCGACGUCCGAGCAGCAACGAAUCUUAUAUUCUCUUUCACUCUCUCAAUUUCUCUUUUUUCUCUUUCUCUCUCUUUCUGUCACCCUCUUCAACCCCUUCCGCUGGUUCUCCCACCCUUCACAUAUACACACACAGAAAUAGGCAAGAACAAAGGGUUCAGGAACGAAAAUCGUGAGGACACGUUGCCGUUAUUAGCUGGUGCUUCUCUCUAUCUCAAUUUCCCCUCUUCCCCCUCUGACUCUUUCUCUCUCUCUCUCUCUUUCUCUCUCUUUUUCUUUCUUUCCGUCUUCUCACCCUGUCUUUCUCUACAUUUCUUUCUCUCUGUCCUCGAUGAUCAUUAUGCUCAACUCGUGCUGUGCUUUUUUCUACCGUGCUUGUACGCAUGCUGCGAGUGUUUUCUCAGUGCUGUAGUGUUACGCGUUAAUUAUUACACAGGCUUAACGAGCCCACGUUCGAACGCCAAACGUUUCGUCGGCCCAGGUACCUGGGAAUAGUCCUGAGAUGCCUGUUAGACGAGGUCACGUGGCGCCCAGGACAACGAUCAUCGAGACCAUCAUCAGAAAGUUCGAUACGCACGAUCGAAGUUUUUUAGUGGCCAACGCUCACCAGGGACUAUGUCACAUAAUAUAUUGCUCGGACGGUUUUUGCCGGCUGACGGGCUUCUCGAGGGCGGAAGUGAUGCAGAGACCGGCGAUCUGCGAGUUCCUUCAUGGACCAAUGACGUCGCCCCAUGCGGUCGCAGCCCUCCGCGACGCCCUCGCCGCCGGCGUCGAAAAGCAUUUCGAGAUUCUCUACUACAGGAAAGACGGCACCAAGUUCUUGUGCAGCGAGGUGAUAGCGUUAAUCAGGAGCGAGGUGGACGACAUCUGCUUGCAAAUCAUAAACUUCGAGGACCUGAGCUCGCAGCCGCCCCCGCAGCCUGCGAUCCCGUCCCCAAGUCAGACCAACAACAGGCUCGUCACACGCUUCGACAGGGCAAGGGCGUCCUUUCGGGCUGGCCUAUCCAGGACCGGUGUCGUCGGUCUGCCGAGGGUCAGGAAUCGACCAAGAACCACGACCAACCUACCUCAUCGACUUGCUGACGGGACCAUCCUCGACGAGGACGCCUCCGAGAAUUGCCCGCUAACAUGUGGUUCACCCACGAUGAUGGAAUCUUGGGGUCCUGGAAGGACUGGCACGCCCCCGCCGCCUCUCCCCCUCCCUCACCCGCCAGCUGGGAGCAACAAUGGUGCAACGUCUGCAGCGACCGCAAACGUUGCACAGCCCAGCACCACCGCGCCGAUCGCCAGUCCCGAGGGUGUCAGCGACGUCUCCCAAAAGUCCGGGAUUUGGGAGGGCGGGAACUUUCCUUCGGCCGGGGGCGCGGAGGGUGGUCCCUCUCGGAGCGUGUCGCACGCGGCGAGUCUGGACGCGAUCUCCAGGAGAACCGUGAAACCGGAUACAGCGAGGACACCGUGUCGCAGCCUGACCUGCAGCGUCUUAGCGGGCCGAGGGAGCGAACACGUCACUCUCGAGCGACGGCCAGCGACAGUCGAUAAUCUCACCGAAGCAACUAAACAUUCGAAAAUCUUUCCCGGCGUCGUGUCCGAAAGUGACUUGCAGAAAUGGAGGACGUCCAAGGACCGGAAGUCGCCGUCCCUCAGCCAGGUGGGGCCGGAUUCCAUCAAACACAAAUUCUCCUUGCAGGACAAUGGAUCAGCGAAAUACUUCCAGGGAGCCAUGCACGCGUCGAACAUGGGAGAAAAGGUACGACAGGUGCUGUCCCUUGGAAACGACAUCCUCCCAGAGUACAAAUUACAGUCUCCUAGAAUCGGCAAGUGGACCAUACUGCACUACUCACCUUUCAAGGCGGUCUGGGACUGGGUGAUAUUGCUGCUCGUCUUGUACACAGCCUUGUUCACCCCGUACGUCGCCGCUUUCGUCCUGUCGGAUCCGGAUUACAACAGCAAGAAGGACAAGAAGUACAGCGACGAUCCCAUCGUCAUCAUAGACCUCAUAGUCGACGUCACGUUCAUUGUGGACAUUAUCAUAAAUUUUCGCACGACUUUCGUGAAUAGCAACGAGGAAGUGGUGUCCCAUCCCGCAAAGAUAGCCGUCCAUUACCUGAAGGGUUGGUUCUUCAUCGACCUGGUCGCUGCCAUACCCUUCGACCUUUUCCUCGUUGGCUCCGAUACUGACGAGCUCGGCUUGGACAAGGACGAGACGACCACCUUGAUGGGACUGUUGAAGACGGCGCGUCUUCUGCGACUCGUCAGAGUAGCUAGGAAGAUCGACAGGUACAGCGAGUACGGAGCUGCGGUAUUGCUCCUUUUGAUGGCCACCUUCGCUCUUAUUGCUCACUGGCUGGCGUGCAUAUGGUACGCUAUAGGGCACGCGGAAAGGCCAAUGUUGGAGAGCAAAGUCGGCUGGAUCGACAUUCUGGCGAACGACACGCAUCAGUUUUAUCACAAUAACACCGGAGGGCCGACUAUAAAGAGUCUCUAUAUCACAGCACUGUACUUCACCUUUAGUAGUUUAACGUCGGUGGGCUUUGGAAACGUAGCGCCGAAUACGGACACCGAGAAAAUCUUUACGAUAGCCGUUAUGCUGAUCGGAUCUCUGAUGUACGCCAGUAUUUUCGGUAACGUCUCGGCGAUCAUACAGAGGCUGUACAGCGGCACGACUCGAUACCACACACAGAUGCUUCGCGUCCGCGAGUUCAUACGGUUCCACCAGAUCCCGAAUCCGCUCCGCCACCGGCUGGAGGAGUACUUCCAGCACGCGUGGACCUAUACGAACGGGAUCGACAUGAACAGUGUUCUGAAAGGGUUCCCAGAGUGCCUUCAGGCGGACAUCCGUCUUCAUCUGAAUAGAAACCUUUUAAACAACUGUAAAGCGUUCAAGAAGGCCAGCCAAGGUUGUUUAAGAGCAUUAUCGUUAAAAUUUAAAACAACGCACGCACCGCCCGGCGACACGUUGGUUCAUCGUGGAGACGUUCUCACGUCCCUGUACUUCAUAUCGCGCGGCAGCAUAGAGAUAGUAAAGAACGACGUGGUGAUGGCGAUCCUGGGCAAGGACGACAUAUUCGGAGAGAACCCCUGUAUCUACACCACCGUCGGCAAGUCAUCCUGCGACGUCCGCAUUCUCACCUACUGCGACCUGCACAAGAUACACAGGGACGAUCUGCUGGACGUUCUCGCUCUCUAUCCGGAGUUCGCGAACCACUUCAGCGAGAAUCUCGAGAUCACUUUUCCUCUCCGAGAUGAGGAGCAAGCCGGUGUCGAUCCAAUGUCAGCAAGGUUUCCUGUCAGCACUCCAACGGACGUCGAAGUCGACACUAGGAGAUUCAUUUUCCGUCCACCAAGAUACCGUCGAGGGCCCGGAAUAGGCCCCGGCACCAAUCUCAUCCCCACCGGUCGACAAGACUCCCUACAGGGUGACCAGGAAGACUACGACAAAGCGAGUGGCCACGGGAUUCUAGAGUUCAGCACGGAGAAGGCCGGCCAGGAAAUGACGCCGUUGAACCUGGAGUUCGACGAACCAAAGCAGCGAAGCUCGACCUUGAACUCGAUAACCGGCAUGCUAACCCAUCUCAAGCGCAGCAUACCGGACCUACGCCAGCACAAGAUCCACCUGCAGCCACUGACGAGUCACGAUUACCUCGCGAAGCAGAUGACCACGCCGUUGACGAGACCAGCCAGGAGGAGCUCGGCCGCCGGGGAGAGCUGCCUAAGCCAGAACGCCGUGCACCCGACAUCCACGACGUCCAGUCAUUACACCACGCCGUCGCCACCGCAACAUCCGCAGUCUCAGGGCGACUUCCAGAGCGGACCAGGCCGGCCUAUGGAGGAGAUCAACGCCAGGAUAGACCAGCUGUCGCGGCAGGUGUCCUCUCUGGAGCACUCGAUGGCCGGGGACAUCCGGCUGAUCUUGACGUUGCUCCAGCAGACGCUGAACUCGUCCAGGGAGAGCUCGAGCAUCGAGAUGAUGCCUGGGACCGCGCCGGCUGGCAAACAGGGCAGCAGACCACCGGCUUUGGUCCAGCGAUCGGCCAGCGAGCCACAACCGCCGAGCGUGCCGCCGUCGACCAAUGGAAAUGGGAAGAUCCAGCCGAGCACGUCGCACGGAUUGUUCAGCUUUCUUUCGAAAUCCCUGGAUCAGUUGCAUUUGAUUUCGGCGUCUUUUAUUUUGGAAAGGUUGGACAAGUUCCGAAGACCACAGACGAGGGAGCCGACGUCCACGUCGUCGGGAACGUCACGGCUGACGGUGACCUCGGACACGUCCGCCCUGGCCACCGCUCUGCAGUCGGCACUGAACGGUAGAACGGCGCCAACCAGGUCGCAGAGCCAACCGGUCGACCUGGCGGUGCCACCCACGACUCAGCAAACACACGCGCCGCACGCAUGGCACAGCCAACCCGCCGCGUUCAGGAGAGGAGAGUUCAGGAGCGGGUACAGCUCUUUUAACAAACGAUCGGAGCCCGAGGGCGACGACCCGUGGAGCUGCGUGGUGUCGGUGUCGGAUCGAGGAGGUAUUCAGCGUCCUCGUAGCAGCGAAUCGCGAAAGGACCCGUCGAAUCAUCGCGGAUCGAGCGAUCUGGCGAGUAGUCAGCGUCCAGAGAGCAGACAACCGGCUCAAGAAGCGGCGGCGCAGGCUUCGUUGCCGGUUCCGCGGCAAGAGUCCUCGAGGCAGACCAGCGAGGACAUGUCCUGGGAGUUCACGAUAAACGAGGCGCCGAUCGCAAGAUUGGAGUCACUGGACGAGCUCGAUCAGGACCACGGCAGUUAAGGGCAACGAUCUCGCCGCGUUCUGAAGACAUUUCACGGCUUGACGCGACCAGAGACGGCGUCGAGCGACCGAUCGUCGUAUUCGGAUGGCUGUGGACUCCUUCCGUUUCCCACCGAGGGAUCUAGCGAACAAACCGGGUCGUUCGACGAGCACGCCGAUCGAUUUUCUUCCCGAGAUCCGCGAGUCCUUCUUCUAGCAACCGCUAUGCUUCUACACCUCCGUUCUUUACGUCGCCGCGAGACUGUCCUCCUGCAUCUGGACGCGGUCCUGCGACGCGUUUUACACACUUUUUCGUAGCGUUCACACUCGGAGAAUGAUUUUCUGUCGCGUGAACGACCACGCGGGUAUUGCAUUCGUUGAAAUUUCGAACAGGACAAGACAGGCCUGAUUUCGUUCUUCGAUAGUCAACCGUUUUGUUGUGGCAACGCCCGCGUCGGUAACUUCGAUGUUCACUUCAGCGUACAAAGACCUACUUUUAAGCUCGAAGAAGCUCGAGGGAUCUCUGGAAGGAAAUCGGCCGGCGUUCGUUGGAACGGCGUCGGCGAGCUGCGAGACGCGAACUCGAGGAGCGAGAAGACGAGGGGAAUACAGAGCGAAUAGCUAACAGAAAAAGCGGAGAGAAAGAGAGAAAGAGAGAAAGAGAGAGAGAGAGAGAGAGAGAGAGAAAGAGAGAGAGUUUGCGAGACAAAAGUCCUUGCGAAGAAAGGUUUACGGGAACCUGUUGCCUUCGAGGUUUCCGUGGCCUCGCGUCGAUAUUAUAUCCUCGGAGGAAUUUUAUAAUCGAUCAGCCGACAGACGCCCACGCUCAAACACGUGCUCGUCGCGUAUUCCCCUCGGAGCACACAUACACACACCAUACACAUACAUAACACACACACACACAGAGGCUCGCGGACGCGGGAUCGUCUUUUCGUUUCGUUCGAGGAGGGCUUUCGUUGCUCGGUGUCGCGAGAAAUACGAGAACGGAGGAAACGCUGGCGGGGGAGGAGGAUUUCUAAUAAAUAUAAUAUGAAAGUACAAGGAGGGCUGCUGCGGCGGAGGAUCAAUUUGUUAGAGAGGAGAGGGAAGGGAGGGCGCAGGAGCGCGAUAUCGCGUGUACGUAGAGAACGGGGGGGUGAGAGGCUCGCGGGAUUUGUGAAAUUCCCGGGCGCUGAUCGAGUCACGGUGAGACCGCGUAGUUAUUGAAAAUUCUUAUGGAAAUUAUAUCGACUGAGAGCACUUUCGUUUUUUAAUGCUUAUAGGCGACGUGUUUCGGGCGAGGUAAGAUAGCGAUGGGGGGAGUGUCGACGAGACCGACGUCUCCGUCGCGACGUCGAGGAAGGGCAUUGUCAGCGAAAACCAGAGAAACGAGUUCAGAGUUCGGAUGAACCGCGGGAAAACGAUAUUCUGUGUGCCACCUUGUCGCGUUGAAAACAGUCGCAAUGUCCUUUAUACAGACAAACAGAAAGCUGCAGAGAGAGAGAGAGAGAGAGAGAGAGAGAAAGAGAGAGAGAGGAGAAGACGAGAGAGAGAGAACAGCCAAUGACAAAAUACACAGAGAACACAAAGAGAACACAGAGAGAGAGAACACAGAGAGAAAAGAAAUUCAGAAAACACGCGAGGCGAGGGAGACGCUAUUUGGAAAUUAUUGCGGAGAGAAUUUAGAUAAUUACUAAUAUUCUUACUAUUAUUAUUGUUAUAUUAUUAUGAUUAUUACCGAUUAUUAUUGUAUUGUAUAUGAUUAUUGCCAUAUAAAUAGGGAAGAAACGCAAGCGCGCGACGGGGGAGAGGAGACGGUGGAAUAAUAUAUCCGUUUGGUAUGUCGCGUCGAAGAACGGAGAAACGAGAUUAAACGGAUGGGUAACGAUUGCCUGCGCAAUAAACGAUUAUUAUAAAUAACUAUACAUAUUAUACAUAAUAAAAAUGCGUGCGUGCGUGUGCGCGCGCGCAAUCGCGUGAACGCAUUCUCGCGCGUCCCCACGCGUCUACAGCGCGUUGUAACAAAUUUUUUACAAAGCAUCUCUCGAAUUUUCAUUGUAUCGUAUAUUUGCUCCUAAGCGUACGUUGGUUUCUCUUCCUCUCUUUUCGUUCUCGAACACACCUCCCGAGUUUACUUUCUUUCAACCCACCCCAAAAACGCGAUCUAUCUCACGCAGUGUCACAACAAGGGGUGAAAAGCAAGCGAUCCCUGAUCCGCGAACGGUCACUCCACGAUCACCGAUAGCGUUGCUGCCCGAUCCGCGAACAUUCGUCGCGCGACUCGUUCGACGAUCUUUUGUUAACGCGAGCAUCGAUAUCGCACGUAUCCGAGACGAGAAGCACGAAGCGCGCGGUUCGGGAUUUUCGGAUCGAUGGGAGGGGAGGGCUCGUUCGCGGACGAUAGAUCGCCGAUCUAUUCGUUCUUUGCUCAGUAUUUUAGGCUGUAAAUGAUACCAGAUACAUUCGAUGUAACGAUUAAAACGACUCGUAGUUACUUUGCGACGAGAGGAACAGCGGCGCAGCGCUACCGAGAAGCAGCUUUUUAAUUACAGAUAGAGAUGGUUAUUA